AUGUCGUCCCACGAGGCCCUGAAUCCUAUUCAUCCGUCUGUUCUCCCGCAUCUGGACCCUGUCUUCGUGCGCCUCUAUAACGAACAUGUUGCAAGUACCCCAGCAGGGCCAAUUGAUCUUUCCGUGUUGCGCACCAAAUACUCGGUCCUUUACUCCUAUGGAACCGGACCAGCUCCGGAUUGCGCGCGAGUUUACGAUAGCGAGGUCCCAGGUCACAAUGGCGAUCUGAUCCCGGUUCGAGUAUACGAGCCGGCCUCGCCGGGUCCAUGGCCUGUACAUGUGGAUUUCCAUGGUGGAGGGUGGGGGCUAGGUGACCUUGACACCGAAGCACAUAUCUGCAAGCACAUCUGCGUGAAAGCAAAUGUCUGUGUUAUCGACGUCGCGUAUCGAUUGGUACCAGAAUACGCAUUUCCGAUUGGCAUUCAGGAUUCUUUCGCAGCUCUCCAGUAUAUCUACUCUAGCGGAACUGAGAAAUUCAACAUCGACUCUACCCGAAUUUCGUUGGGGGGUGUCUCCGCCGGCGGAAAUAUCGCCUUAAUCUGCGCCCAUCUAGCCCGAGAUGCUCAACUCCCUCUCCAGCUUGUCGCAGUAGGCACUCCCACGAUUGACGAUAUCUCCAAAUACAAGUCAGCCGCAGAGGCGCCUUGGGUAUCUAUGCAAGAUAUGGAGCAUGCGCCGACUUUGAACUGGGCACGGUUAAAGUGGUUUGAUAAUCUAAAGUGGCAGAGCCUAGCUGCCGAAGGUCCAACUCGAGAGAAACAGCUAGCCGCCGUUGAAUGGUAUGCCAAUGCGCUGCAGGCCCCCGAUUUCACUCAACUCCCCAAGACAGUCAUAUACACAGCCGGGUGUGAUCCGUUGCGGGAUGAGGGUGAGGCGUAUGCACAAAAGCUCAUCGAGGGAGGAAACGAAGUGAUUCAGAAAAGAUUCGUCGGAGUUCCACACCCAUUCAUGCACAUGGAUAAAGAUCUAUGGCAGGCAAAGGAGUUCAUUGAAAUGACGGCGGAGCAUAUCAAGACUACAUUACACCGAUAA